AUUACUGGGUGGACAGGUAUCCGCAUUGGGUUAUCAUGAACUUUGGGGGAGAGUUUGAGAGCUAUAGAAAAGUAGAGGAGAAUUUAAACUCACUUCGGCGGGUGUGCAGAUUAUGGGACGAAUACCUACGCAAGUACAUUCACCGGUUCGUGCGCAUGAGUGAUGUGAUGCAUGGCAAAGUGCCAGUUCACGAUCUACAGUCUGCACCUCAAGAAGCUCUACUCGACGAGAUCGUGGCCAAUUCCGUCGACUCUUACCUUGAAUACCUUGAAUACUGUUACGAAACUCUCACACAACAGCAACUCCCUAAAGUCGAAGUCCUGGAUCUCUAUGUAACGGAAUACAUCGAUGCAUUCAUCUCUCCACAGAUAUUUCCCAAUCUGGCAUGCAUCACGGACCAUGAAUGCAUCCACUCGGUUUCCCUCGACAUAACUACCUCGUUCACAGAUCUUCGCUAUUUAUACCUUCGAAGUCGAUUUGACAACGAGGCAUACAGGUCGGCUACAUUGACUACACUGACUCUUUCCUUUAUUCUUCCAGAUCCAUCGUUCGCCUCAGUUUUGGACAAUGUGGACUUGCCUGCUCUCAGGAAUCUUUGGGUUCUCGAUUCUCUCUAUGAGCAACUGGAUACGUACGACGAGCCGCCUUGGCUACUGCUCCUCACGGCAAUCGGUAAAGAACUACAAAGGGUUCGUUUGCCUGAGGAUGAAGAAGAGU